AUGCCCCCAAAAAGAGAAAAAUCCUGGCAGAGUGAAGGGUCACUCUUGUCUAUAAAAGCUGAGCCUCCACCUGUCCUUGUGACUCCUAGCAGUGGCUGCUGCCAGAGGUCCUGGUUCAAGUCCAAAGAGCAUCAGGUCAGGCAAGUUCACAUGGCCGGAAGAGAUCCCAUUACUAAGUUUCUAUCACCUAAAUACCUGACUGGAGAGUGGAGGGAUUUUGUCUUCAAGGAGGAUGACAUCCUUGCACUGACUUACCUCAAGUCAGGGACAUACUGGAUGAUUGAAAUUCUCUCCCUGAUCCACACCAAGAGAGAUCCCAAGUGGAUCCAAUCUGUGCCCAUUUGGGAACGCUCGCCCUGGAUAGAGACCAAUCUUUUGUACGAAUUCUUAGAGGGAAGAGAAGGUCGUCUCAUCAGCUCCCACCUCCUGAUCCAGCUCCUCCCCAAGUCUCUCUUCACUUCCAAAGCCAAGAUAAUUCAUCUCAUCAGAGAUCCCAGAGAUGUCCUGGUGUUUGGAUACUUUCUCUCAAAAACAUGUCCUUAUUUUGAUCCAGCAGCAUCACUGCAAGCACAUUUUGAGCAGUUCCUGCAAGGAAACAAGAUUUAUGACAUUAUAAGCCAAUAUGAUUAUAAUUUCACACCUUCCCACUGA